GUAGCGCUCAUCUACAUGUUCCUGGGCAUGAGCAUCAUAGCCGACCGGUUCAUGUCGUCUAUAGAGGUCAUAACCUCCCAGGAGAAAGAGAUCACCAUUAAGAGGCCUAAUGGUGAGACGACCACGACCACGGUCAGGAUCUGGAACGAGACCGUCUCUAAUCUCACUCUGAUGGCCUUGGGGUCUAGCGCCCCAGAGAUCCUGCUGUCUGUUAUCGAGGUGUGCGGCCACAAUUUCGAGGCCGGUUCCCUGGGUCCCAGCACCAUCGUGGGCAGUGCUGCCUUCAACAUGUUCGUCAUCAUCGCCCUGUGUGUGUACGUGGUUCCCGACGGAGAGACGCGCAAAAUCAAACACCUCCGGGUGUUUUUCGUCACGGCAGCGUGGAGCAUCUUCGCCUACAUCUGGCUCUACUUGAUUCUGAAUGUCUUCUCGCCUGGGGAGGUGGAGGUUUGGGAGGCCGUGCUGACCUUCCUCUUCUUCCCGGUCUGCGUGGUCCAGGCCUGGGUGGCCGACCGGCGUCUCCUCAUCUACAAGUACGUCCGCAAGCGUUACCGUGCCGACAAGCACCGCGGCAUCAUCAUCGAGACGGAGGGCGCUGCAGACGGAGAGAUCAGGGGCGUGGACGGAGCAGGUGGAGCACUGGGUCCAGGUGGGUUCACCAAGAUGGACAUGCUGGAGCUGGACGGACAGAUGGCGCUGAACUGUCACGGCGGGAUGAGGGAGGAGGGAGGAAUGAAGGACGAGGAGGACGAGGCCAGGAGGGACAUGGCGAAGACGCUGAAGGAGCUGAAGCAGAGGCACCCGGAUAAAGACAUGGAGCAGCUCAUUGAGAUGGCUAAUUAUCAGGUUCUGAUGCAGCAGCAGAAGAGCAGGGCGUUCUAUCGUAUCCAGGCAACCAGGAUGAUGAUUGGAGCCGGCAACAUCCUCAAGAAGCACGCCGCAGACCAGGCUCGCAAGGUGGUGAGCAGCCAUGAGAUCACACCCCAGGAGGACGACCCUCACACCAUCAGGCUGGAUUUCGAACCCGCGUUGUACCAGUGCUUCGAAAACUGUGGCUCCCUGAAGCUGACCGUCGGCCGACACGGAGGAGACCCCGGAGUUACCGUCAAGGUGGAUUAUCGCACAGAGGACGGUACAGCAAACGCAGGUUCAGAUUAUGAGUUUGCAGAGGGAACACUGAUGUUUAAGCCCGGAGAGACCCUCAAAGAGAUCACAGUCGGAGUGAUUGAUGACGACAUCUUUGAGGAGGAUGAGUAUUUCUACGUCCACCUCAGUAACCCUCGAUUGGUUGGUUACCCUGAGAUCGGCACCGUCCCUCAGGAUACCAGUGUCACCCCUAAAGCCGUGCUGGGAGACAACCACACAGCCACAGUGACCAUCUAUGAUGACGAUCACGCAGGUAUCUUUACCUUUGAGUGUGCCAGUCAGAAAGUGAGCGAGAGCGUGGGUGUGAUGGAGGUGAAGGUGCUCAGGACUUCAGGGGCCCGGGGCCUGGUAGCCGUCCCCUAUCGGACGGUGGAUGGCACUGCCAGAGGAGGGGAGGACUACGAACUGUCAUCUGGCAAGCUGGAGUUUCAGAAUGACGAGACCAUGAAGAUCAUCGAGGUGAAGAUUAUUGAUGAUGAAGAGUAUGAGAAGAAUAAGUCUUUCACCAUCGAGCUGGGAGAGCCUGUCCUGUUGGAGAUAGGACAGAAACACGUUUUGCUGAACCAUAUAGGCUAUUUUGCCAAUUGCGACUCCAAUGAGAACAAGCCGUUAGUGGGAGCAGAGGACGAGGAGGUGGCGAAGAUGGGCUGUCCCAGUCUGGGUGAACACACGCAGGUGGAAGUGGUCAUAGAGGAGUCCUACGAGUUCAAGAGUACGGUAGAUAAGCUGAUCAAGAAGACAAACCUGGCCUUGGUGGUGGGGAGCAGCAGCUGGAGGGAGCAGUUUGUCAAUGCAGUUACUGUCAGUGCAGGAGAUGACGACGACGAGGAGAGCGGCGAGGAGCGGCUGCCGUCCUGCUUCGACUACAUCAUGCACUUCCUCACCGUUUUCUGGAAGGUGCUGUUCGCCUUCGUCCCCCCCACUGAGUACUGGAACGGCUGGGCCUGCUUCAUCGUCUCCAUAUCGCUCAUCGGCUGCCUGACGGCGGUCACCGGCGAUCUGGCGUCGCACUUCGGCUGCACGAUAGGACUGAAGGAUUCCGUGACCGCCGUGGUGUUUGUGGCGCUGGGAACAUCAGUGCCAGACACAUUCGCCAGCAAAGUCGCCGCCAUCCAGGACCAGUAUGCCGACGCCUCCAUCGGCAACGUCACAGGCUCCAACGCCGUCAACGUCUUCCUGGGCAUCGGCGUGGCCUGGACCCUCGCCGCCGUGGUCUGGCGCUUCAGGGGCAAGCCGUUCAAGGUGGACCCGGGGAACCUGGCCUUCUCCGUCACCCUCUUCACCAUCAUGGCCGUGGUGUGCGUGUUGAUACUGCUCUACCGGCGGCGGGCGGCGGUGGCCGGCGGGGAGCUGGGCGGGCCGCGGACUUGCAAGUUGGUCACGUCGCUCAUCUUCUUCUCGAUGUGGCUCAUCUACAUCCUGCUGGCUUCGCUGGAGGCCUACUGCCAUUUACCGCAGUUUUAA